UGCGCUGUUGCCGAUUUUAUUUCUCCCAGAGAAAAAAAAUACAUUUUGGGGGAUCCGAGCUUGUGAUCGAGCCCCUCGGUGCCUCCUGCAGCGAGAAAAGCGUCAAUAUCUCCCGUUUCUCAACAUUUAGAGGCGCCCUUCAACUCCCUGCGAGCCCCCACAAACAGCCAACUGGUGCAGAGUUUACAAAAAGCUUAAAUAUUUUCGGCUGGAACUUGUAGUCCACGUUUGGUUGCUAAGCUAGCUGCAGUUGUGUUUCCAGCUGCUCUGUGAUGGCUGACUUCAGCAGCAGGAUCGUGAUGUCUCCUGAGGUCCCGGCGGCUGGAGGCGGGUCGGCAGGGAAAGCGCCGUCGUCCUCGGCGGCGCCAGGAAACGGAGGCUGGGAGGGCGCCGCGUCGAUGGACCAGAUCACGGUGGUCCGGAUCGACGACACGCACAUCUUAGAGGAGCAGUGUCUCGACCCGGGGAAGGUGAAAGAAACGCCAGAGUUCUACGAGGUGGAGUACUCGCUGCCGGCGGCGGAGGAGGUGGUGGGCGAGGACGAGGACGAUGGCGUCUACGUCAUCGAGUACUCCAACCCCGAGGAGGAGGGCGAGAGCUACCAGUUCACCAUGUCGGUGGACCGGCCGCUGCCCACCAAGAAGCAGAUAUUCAAACAUCCCGUGCAGCGAGGGAGCGCCAAAGCUCCUCUACCGCUGAUCUCCAGACCGCCGCGGCCCACGAGGACGAGGAAGAGGAGGAAGCUCGCACAGGAGGAGGAGGAAGACGAAGAGGAGGACGACGAGGAGGAGAAGGAGGAGGUGGUGAGCAAUAAGUCCAUGCUGGAGCUGGGCGAGGACUACAGUGGCGUCAUGGCGACCAGCUCCGGUAAAGGCCCGCUGGUGUGCACGCUCUGCCCGCCGCCCGGGAAGUUCUUCAAGCGCGGCGCGGGCCUGGCGGUGCACCUGAAGCACAUGCACUUCAUGCAGGGCAAGAAGACGUUCUUCUGCACGUCCUGCCAGCAGUCGGUCCGCACGCAGAUCGAGCUGGACCAGCACACCAGGCGCCACGCCAACCACGACGCCGUGUUCACCUGCAGCGUCUGCCCCGAGGACGCCGGCUACAAGGGCUCCAAGACGGGGCUGAAGAAGCACCUGGAGGCGGAGCACCCGGGCCUCAUCCCCCGCUGCCACGUCUGCCACCGCGCCUUCAAGUCGCUCAUGUCGUACCUGGCCGACCAGUUCAGGCACGUGGGCGUGUCGCCGUACCACUGCGCCAAGUGUCAGAUCUACGAAAUGACUGAGAGAGGUCUGACCAUCCACAUCAAGAACCACGACAAGAAGAAGACGACGCAGCAGCCGGAGGAGCAGCUGCAGGCGCCGGGAUCCCCCGCCGCCGGCGCCGAUAACUCCGCCACGGACGACUCCGACGUCUGACGCUUUUUAUCUCAGUUUUCAGACUCAAGCAGCAGCUCAGCGACCUCCUCUCUGUCAGACGUCUGACCGUUAUGCAUCUUUGACCAGACACGAGCGUUUCAUGUUUUUAUUUCAAGUUGUUUGUGACUUUGGCCUCAUCAGUGUCGUGUGAGUGGAGGAAACACAAUUCAGGUCACGGUGGGAACUGAAAUAACGACUUUAUGAACAACCUGGGUCUCUUUUUUUUUUUUCCUAGAGUUGCCACUUUUAAUCUCAUAAAUCUUUUUUUCCCUCACAGAUUUGCCACUUUUAUUCUCAUAAAUCAACUUUUUUUCUCAUAGAUUUGCUACUUUUAAUCUCUUAAAUCUGCGACUUUUCACCUAAAUUUGCCAAUUUGACCAGACACAAUCGUUUUAUGUUUUUUAUUUCAAGUUGUUUGUAACUUUGACCUCAUCAGUGUCGCGUGUGUGGAGGAUUACAGGUCAGGUCACGGUGGGAAAUGAAAUUACAUUUUUUAACAAACUGGGUGUGUUUUUGAACAUCAAAGCUACAGGUGCAUCUCAAUAAAUCAGAAUAUCAUAGAAAAGUUUAUUCAUGUCGGUAAUGAAAUUCAAAAAGUGGAAAUAACACAUUAUAUAGAUCCAUCACACACAGAAUGAAACAUUUCAUGUCUUCAUUUAUUUAAUUUCUUCUAAUUAUAAUGAUUAUGGCUUACAUUUAAUGAAGACCUAAAAUUCAGUGGCUCAAAAAAAAAAUUUAAUAUUACAAAAGACAAAUUUUGAAAAAUUACUGGAAAUGGACUUUUCCAUCAUAUUCUAAUGUAUUGAGAUGCUAUUGUACAUUUAUUCUCUCCAGCAUGAUUUAAAAUAAAUGUUCAAAUCGUGUAAGUGUGGCAGCGACAUGUUACCGUAGAAUAGAUCAACACUUAUUCUCUUUCCCACUGAAAUCUGCAUCAUAUUCACAAUUAAAAUAAUGUAAAAUAAUUAAAUUUAAAACCAUGUUUUAGCCCAAAAUGUGGAUUUACAAACCCAUCAAUUAAAAAAUGCUGUUUUGUUGAGACUGUUUGACAUAAUGUUAUUAGAACUUUUUUAAAUUUGCAAUCAGUGGGAAUUUAAAGAAAAAUGUCUUUCACUCAAUAGAACUAGUAAAAAAACAUGAGUAUUAUCUACUUUCUACUUUUUAAUGAUGAAACAGGAAUUACAAAGGUGUUAAAAUCAUCAAAAUAUGAGAUCAAUACUUAUUGUCUUUCCCACUGAAAUCUGCAUUAUAUUCACAAUUAAAAUCAUGUAAAAGAUUAAAUUAAAACCAUGUUUUAACCCAAAAUGUGGAUUUACAAUGGUGAGAUGGUUUGACAUAAUGUCCACUGAAUUAAAACGUAUUAAAUUUUGCAAUUAGUGGAAAUUUAAGCCUCUGGUAUCACACGGGACAUUUUCAGCCAUAUUUGUCAUUUUUCACUUUUGUUUUGGCAAUCAUUUUGGUCGUGAUACUGCAAAUGGCAUGAUAUUUGGAAGAUGUUUUUUUUUUCUUGAUACAUUUUGAAAUUCAAAUUUCAAUUUUUGUAAUGGGUCAAUAAUACACUGUGUAAAACUGUACUACCCUUUCAGGCCCUUAAGGCUGAAAAUGUCCACUUCCAUAAAAUUGCUAUAAAAACUUUACAGAUUAAUAUUUUUUUUCUACUUUUUUCUGCAUAAACCUCUUAAACAACUUCCGCCCUGCUCAAAACUACCAAAUGUUUAAACAUUUUUAGCAUUUUAACCCUUUAAAUGCCAGUUUGAUUAUAGGAUGUCACUGUUUUUCAAAGAAAAAAACACAGAAAUUUAGUUAUUUUCAUAAACAUCAGUGACAUCAUGCAAUCAAACUAGCAUUUAAAGGGUUAAAAUGCCAAAAAUGUUUAAACAUUUGGUAGUUUUGAGCAGAAUUGGAGUUCUUUAAGAGGUUUAUGCAGAAAAAAGUAGGAAAAAAUAGUAAUCUGUUAAGUUUUAUCACAUUUUUUUUUGGAGGUGGACAUUUUUGGCUUUAAUGACUUUCAAAGGGUAGUAAAUUAAAGUGGGACGGGUUAAAAAAAACCUGUCUUUUUCACUUUAUAGAACUAGUAAAAUGAAAAUCAUGAGUAUUGUACUUUUUAAGGAUGAAACAAGUAUUACAAAGGUGCUAAAAAUCAUCAAAAUAUGCACUAAGUUUGGUUCAGAAACACUGGAAUGAACUUAUAUUAAAGUA